AGCAAAGAUGGCAGACAGCAUCCGUCUGAAUCCUGUACGGAAGAAUUCGAGAAAAACUGCGUAUUAUAAUGCUGGCAGACCUACCAGGUAUCAGAUUGAAGACGAAUCCUCGAACCUUGAUCAGAUGCCCUUGAUGAUGUCAGAGGAAGCUUUUGAAAACAACGAAAGUGACUAUCAGACGCUGCCCAGAGCCAGAGUGAGUCAGAAGACUGGGCUGGGCUGGUUCCUCUGUGGUGGAUGGAAGGUCCUGUGCACCAGCUGUUGCGAAUGUCUGGUUCACACAUGUCGCAGGAAGAAGGAGCUGAAAGUUCGGACGGUGUGGCUGGGGCACCCUGAGAAAUGUGAAGAGAAGUACCCCAAAAAUGCCAUCAAGAAUCAGAAAUACAACAUUGUCACUUUUGUGCCAGGGGUUCUUUACCAGCAGUUUAAGUUCUUCCUCAACUUGUAUUUUUUGGUAGUGGCUUGUUCUCAGUUUGUUCCAUCGCUGAAGAUAGGAUAUUUGUACACCUACUGGGCCCCGCUGGGCUUUGUGUUAGCUGUCACCAUGGUGAGAGAGGCAGUUGACGAAGUUCGGCGCUGCAGGAGAGAUAAAGAGAUGAAUUCCCAGCUGUACAGUAAACUCACAGUGAGAGGGAAGGUCCAAGUAAAGAGCUCAGACAUACAGGUUGGAGAUUUAAUCAUUGUGGAGAAGAAUCAGAGAAUUCCUGCUGAUAUGAUUUUUCUGAGAACAUCAGAGAAGACUGGUUCAUGUUUUAUUAGAACAGAUCAGCUGGAUGGAGAGACAGACUGGAAGCUGCGAAUCACUGUUGCUUGCACUCAAAGACUUCCUGCCUUAGGGGAUCUCUUCUCCGUCAGCGCGUACGUUUACGCCCAGAAGCCUCAGCUGGACAUUCACAGUUUUGAGGGGAACUUCACAAGGAUAACCAUGAAAUCAAAACAGACUGAACUAAUGUACGACCUCUGUCCCCAGGAGGACUGUGACCCUCCCAUCCACGAGAGCUUGAGCAUUGAGAACACCCUGUGGGCCAGCACUGUGGUGGCAUCUGGUACUGUCAUAGGUGUGGUCAUAUAUACUGGAAAAGAAAUGAGAAGCGUGCUAAACACGUCGCAGUCCAAAAACAAGGUGGGACUAUUGGACCUGGAGUUAAACCGCCUAACAAAAGCUCUGUUCCUGGCUCAGGUGGUUCUGUCUGUUGUUAUGGUGGCUUUGCAGGGAUUCCUUGGGCCCUGGUUCCGAAACCUGUUCCGUUUCGUGGUUUUAUUUUCAUACAUCAUCCCCAUCAGUCUAAGAGUAAACCUGGACAUGGGGAAGUCAGCGUAUGGCUGGAUGAUUAUGAAGGAUGAGAAUAUUCCAGGUACUGUGGUUCGGACAAGCACCAUCCCAGAAGAACUUGGCCGUCUGGUCUACCUGCUUACAGACAAGACAGGCACUCUGACCCAGAACGAGAUGGUCUUCAAGCGCCUCCAUCUCGGUACUGUGUCAUACGGGAUGGACACUAUGGAUGAGAUCCAGAGUCACAUCAUCCAGUCCUAUGCUCAGGUGAGCUCGGUGCAGUCUAAUGGCAAUAGUGCGAGUUCAACACCCUCUUGUAAAUCACAGCCGCCCGCUCCGAAGGUCCGCAAGAGCGUGAGUAGCCGGAUCCACAAGGCCGUGAAAGCCAUCGCCCUCUGCCACAACGUUACACCAGUGUACGAAUCCCGUGUUAACGGUGCCAGCGCAGAGCCAGAGAGCACAGAGGCCGACCAGGACUUUAGCGACGACAACCGCACUUACCAGGCCUCCAGUCCUGAUGAUGUGGCUCUGGUGCGCUGGACUGAGAGUGUGGGUUUGACUCUGGUGAACAGAGACCUGACGUCCCUCCAGCUGAAGACCCCAGCCGGACACAUCUUGACCUAUUACAUCCUCCAGAUCUUCCCCUUCACCUCUGAGAGCAAGCGCAUGGGCAUUAUUGUCAGGGAGGAGGCUACGGGCGACAUCACGUUUUACAUGAAAGGGGCUGAUGUUGCUAUGGCGAGCAUUGUACAGUACAAUGAUUGGCUGGAGGAGGAGUGUGGGAACAUGGCCAGAGAGGGCCUGCGGACACUGGUGGUGGCUAAGAAAGCACUGACUGAAGAGCAAUACCAGGACUUUGAGAGUCGAUAUAACCAGGCGAAGUUGAGUGUCCAUGAUCGCGCUCUGAAGGUGGCAGCAGUGGUGGAGAGUCUGGAGAGAGAGAUGGAGCUUCUGUGUCUCACUGGAGUGGAAGAUCAGCUGCAGGCCGAUGUCCGGCCCACACUAGAGCUCCUCCGCAAUGCAGGGAUCAAGAUCUGGAUGUUGACCGGAGACAAGCUGGAAACUGCUACGUGUAUCGCCAAAAGUUCCCACUUAGUUUCUAGAAAUCAAGACAUCCACGUUUUCAAACCGGUGUCCAACAGGGGCGAGGCUCAUCUGGAGCUGAACGCCUUCAGGAGGAAGCACGACUGUGCGCUGGUCAUCUCAGGAGACUCUCUAGAGGUCUGUCUGCGCUACUACGAGCAUGAAUUUGUGGAGCUGGCGUGUCAGUGCCCCGCUGUGGUUUGCUGUCGCUGCUCUCCCACGCAGAAAGCUCAGAUCGUUCGAUUGUUACAGCAGCAUACAGACAACAGAACAUGUGCCAUAGGUGAUGGAGGAAAUGAUGUCAGCAUGAUCCAAGCAGCAGACUGCGGUAUCGGUAUUGAAGGGAAGGAGGGAAAGCAGGCGUCUCUGGCAGCAGAUUUCUCCAUAACCCAGUUCAAACACAUUGGCAGACUGCUGAUGGUACACGGCCACAACAGCUACAAACGCUCAGCAGCUCUGGGCCAGUUUGUCAUGCACCGUGGCAUGAUCAUCUCCACCAUGCAGGCUGUUUUCUCCUCUAUUUUCUACUUCGCAUCUGUUCCUCUGUACCAAGGUUUCCUCAUGGUGGGUUACGCCACCAUCUACACCAUGUUCCCUGUCUUUUCUCUGGUGUUGGACCAGGAUGUGAAGCCUGAGAUGGCUCUGCUGUAUCCUGAACUCUAUAAAGACCUCACCAAGGGUCGCUCCCUGUCCUUUAAGACCUUCCUGAUCUGGGUUUUGAUAAGUGUAUAUCAAGGGGGCAUCCUGAUGUACGGGGCCCUGGUGCUGUUCGAUCAGGAGUUUGUGCAUGUGGUGGCGAUCUCCUUCACUGCUCUGAUCCUGACGGAGCUGCUGAUGGUGGCGCUGACGGUCCGCACCUGGCACUGGCUGAUGGUUGUAGCCGAACUUAUCAGUCUUGGCUGCUACCUCGCUUCCCUCGCCUUCCUGAACGAAUACUUUGGCAUAGGUCGCGUGACCUUAGGAGCUUUCCUGGAUCUUUCGUUUAUCACCACAUGGGUGUUCUUGUGGAAGGUGUGCGUCAUCACACUGGUCAGCUGUUUGCCGCUCUACAUCAUCAAAUAUCUGAAGCGGAAAUUCUCCCCGCCAAGUUAUUCCAAACUCUCCUCCUAAACUUUCCAUAUGGUCACAUAGUGUCAAAAGGCAUGCUGA